GGGGAGGAGUCUGCAAACUUUCAGUUCGAGGGCAUUGUGGGAAGCAGCCAUGGUCUGAGGCGGGCGCCUCACCUGUCAGCCUCCGGCUCCUGCGCUCGCCUCGCGCCCUGGUGACCCCCGCUCCUCGCUCGCCGCUCGCUCCUGGGCGGCCGGGGAGGGGGCGGCGGAGGCCCGGCCACCAUGAUACAUUUCAUAUUGCUUUUCAGUCGACAGGGGAAAUUACGGCUGCAGAAAUGGUACACGACUCUCCCUGACAAAGAGAGGAAAAAGAUCACCCGGGAAAUUGUUCAGAUCGUUCUCUCUCGUGGUCAGAGGACAAGCAGUUUUGUUGACUGGAAGGAACUAAAACUUGUUUAUAAAAGGUAUGCUAGUUUAUAUUUUUGCUGCGCAGUCGAAAAUCAGGACAAUGAGCUCUUGACGCUAGAGAUUGUGCAUCGCUAUGUGGAGCUGCUGGACAAGUACUUUGGAAACGUCUGCGAGCUGGAUAUUAUCUUUAAUUUCGAAAAGGCUUAUUUCAUCCUCGACGAGUUUAUAAUGGGUGGAGAAAUUCAGGAAACGUCCAAGAAAUCUGCUGUCAAGGCCAUUGAAGAUUCUGAUAUGUUACAGGAGACGAUGGAAGAAUAUAUGAGCAAGCCUACAUUUUAACCGCACGUCUACUUGAAGACUCCCGAGUCCCCCACGCUGUGAGCCUGUAAAUUAGCAGAACCUGCCUCCAGUUCCUUGAGGAGCUUCUGGCAGCAUGCCAAAAAUAACCUAAAAGGGAUCCUUCGUUAACUAGCAAUUAACUUGUUUCACAUAACAUAUUUAUCGUUAUUACAUAUCUGUAUUAUGCUGUACGUAACUACUUAUUGUGGCUCUGGAUGUUCAAGCAACUGCUUUAUGACUCAGUAGACUGGGUAUGUGUCUACAGUGCUUUAAUUCCAUGUGAUAUUUUUAAGCUAAUUUAAGUAAAGGUGUUGCAAUAUGUUUAUUGUUGCAUUCCAUUCUCUACUGACAGCUGAAUAAUAACCCAUGGUUUUGAACAUGAAAUACAUGUUGUAUUAUGAAUAAUUCUUUUCUAAAUGUUCAACUUUUUAAAUUGUAUGAUAAUUCAAAAUUAUGUUAAUAGUUCAGAGUUCAUACAUAAUGCUAGACAUUUUUUUUUUUUUUGGAUACACUUAGUAAAAUGUAAAUUUCAGUCCAGAUACAAUGUAUCUGAUUUUAAUGUCCUGCAUUCUUUAUUUUUUCAGGGUUGGAAUUAAGGAAAAUAACCAAAGAUAGUAAGGGACUUAAGUGGUUUUGAUAUCAUGGAAGCUGCUAUCUAGUCGAGAUUUUCAUUUUACCUUUUAAUUGAAUAUAAAGGGCAUUCCAUUAUGAGGUUAUAUUUUCCUAUAAACUCUCUGUAUUUAUUAAGGAUUUGAGACUUCUGGAGAUACAGUGUCUAUGACUUCCCUUAUUAUAACAAUAGUAUAAUAAAGAUGAAUAAAAGUAGCAGUAAUUAUUAUAACUACUACCAUUUUAAUAAGUUUUAAGGUUCCAAGCACUUAGCUGCUUGAGAGAUUUUGCUUCAAACAUGUUUUAAUGUGUAUCUACUAUGUUUGACGACUGAUUGUUUAUUAGACUUACUUAUUAUAACAGCCUAUAUAGUAGAUGCCCUUCCUCCUUUCUUACUUCCUCAUGCCCCGAAUUAAAUAUUUGCUGCUGAUCAUUAUUAUUCUCAAUAUGUUGCAUUCCUGAUUUGCCGGAAUGAAAGUUCUCUGUAACCAGGUAGUAAACGUGAUCAGACAUUACAGGGAAAUAGCUCGUAACACUCUGUCUUGAUGCCCCACCUCUGAUGUCCUACGUGUGCAUUUUCCAUGUUCAUUUUGAGGUCUGGUAUCAUUCGGGUUGGAGUGGUUAGGGAUCCCUCAUGCUUUUCCUAAGAGAGCAGUGUGCUUGCUGUUGUAUUCUUUCUCUAGAAGAUCCUAUAUGGUGAACCUUUAGAGAACAUGAAUGCCCUCUCUGAUUCGUCUUGCCAGAUAUAUUUAAGGAAAAAUAAGACACGAACAGAAGAAAAACUUGGCCAAUUCCUCAAUAGAGCCGUUACUAAAAAGAAGGAACUCAGAUUAGUAUACGAAGGAAUUACUGGGCUUUUAAUAUCUAUUUACUCAGGCUAAUCCUGUGAUUACAAUGAUGGCAUUGGAUUGAAGUUUAACUGCCAUUUUUGAUCACUCUGUUUAUUUGAUGUCUUCCGAUUUGUGUUGUCAAUAUGGUGGAACUCUUUUAUUUUUAAAAAGGUUUGUGGGGCCCCUGGGUGGCUCAGUCGGUGAUGCGUCCGUCUUCGGCUCAGGUCAUGAUCUCACGGUUUGUGAGUUCAAGCCCUUCAUUGGGCUCUUGUGCUCGGAGCCUGGAGCCUCCUUCUGAUUCUGUGUCUCCCUCUCCUUUUCUGCCCCUCCCCAGCUUGUGCUCUCUCUCUCUCUCUCUC